UGGAGCAAAUUCAGCCCACUUGUUUGACAGACAGGGUGGUUGGUCACUGCUAUUGAAGGCUUCCUGUUGGGCCUUAGGAGAGCGAGGGAGUAGAACACUAGCUGUCUUGUCGAAAUUGGUGCACUGACUAAAUCUAGGUGUUCCUGAAUAGGUAACUUGAUAGAGUGUCAUUUGGCGAGCAGCAAAAAAAACUUCUUCCUUCCUUCCCCCCAAGAAAGUGACAAGAAGCAAUGAAGACAAAGACACAAGGGUUAAAUGCCAGUUUAUUGCAAGGAGCCGAGGUUAAGCAAGAAACAUUGAGAGCAAAAAGACACAACUUUACAAACAAGCAAGACAAGUUGGAUGAUUUUCCAUUCAAAUCUGUUUUUUGACACUGCGUAAGAAAGGGGUGCACCGGUCCUGGAGGUACUGCAAUACCAGGUCGAUGCGUGGAGUGGACAGAGCAAGCUCUUCUUCCAUCUCCCUGUUCUAAAAAGAGUAAAAGGGUUAAAGGGGUGGAUACGUCGUCAGAGAUGGGAAGGGCUUACUUGCUCUGAAGAAUUCCAUUGACUGCAGACUCUUCAUUCAGUGCUCAGUACUUCAGGAGAGAACAGCUCAGGCUCAUCGACUCUACAAAUGAACUGCUCUGAAAUGUCCGCAACGCAAGAGGAAUCAACAAAUCAGAACCGAUCCUCUGCACCAAGGGACCAGAAGCUGGAAAAUGGGGGCACCCAGCCCCCCACACCUAGAGAACUGGAUGGGGAACAGGGAGCCGUGGAUAGUAGCAAGACAUGGAUCGAUGAUCCGCAGACGAGCGCGGUGCGUACAUCCGCAAACAUGUACCAUAGUGGCGAACAGGAGAAUUAUGUCGAUGACACUCGGGUACAAAUGAAUACGUUGUUGAAUGGAAAUUCUGGGCAAAUUCAAGAAGGGGGACAUCCACAGGGGACAUCUUCAGGAUAUAAGGCACUGCAAUGGUUAACGCAUAAGGUGCCGAUCUACUGGAUUCUAAUCUCAAGUGUUUUUUUUGCACUUAUCGCUGUCAAUGUUGGGACUGCAAUAUAUUUUCAGAGCACGAGUAAAUCAGAGCCAUUGUGUCCUGCAGACUGGAUCCUGGUGAACAGAAGCUGCUACUACUUAUCAGACAGCAAGAAGAACUUUACAGACAGUCAAAUGUUAUGCAAUAAUUAUGGCGGCUCCCUGGUGAUGAUAAGAAACAACACGAAGGAAGACUUGAACAAGCUAAAUACACAUGAUGAUUUUUGGAUCGGGCUCAGGAGGGAUGAAAACGAAUGGAAAUGGGUCGAUGGCACAGAUUAUACUGAGGAGGUGGAAGAGUACCGCAAUGACACCAGGCUGGACUGUGCCUUUCUGAAUAGAAAAAGAAUGGCCUUGGACUGCGCCACGUCUCGACGCUUUAUAUGCAGCAAGACAGCUAGCGGAGUUAACACCUGACCUUCCUGUCUUUUCUGGACCUUCCCUAAUAUAAGACUUGUCAAUAUACAUUGAACUCCACUCCACCCAGGAACACCAUCCCUCCAUCCGUCUUCCAUAAAACUUCCUGUCAUUUAUAUUAUAUUUUAAUGCUAACUUUUUUUACUAGUUUUUAAUAGAAUAGAGAAUGAUGAAACCCUCCAUCAGGUGUUGUCUGUGUCCCUUUUGGGGAGAUUUGGCUUAAUUUCCUGUACCAAAGACCUCUCAGAGGAGGAGGAGGAUUACUGGAUGCAGUAAAGGCCACAUAAUAUAUAAUUUUGUUUUUUAUAAUAAAUUAUUUUUUUAUA